AUGAUGUCCAUGUUCCGACUAUGCCUCGCAGCAUCUUUGCAUCGAUCCGUGGCGGAGUUCGUUCUUGAUGUAGGCGCUCCACGCACGGGCACGCAGAGCAUGUGGACGGCCUUGAAGACGCUUGGCCUCAACACCUUGUGGAGCGGAUACUACGCUGGCUUCCGCAUCCCUUUCUGCCAAUACCUCAUGGAGAAAGGCGUUCCUUAUCCAGCAGAGUUGCUUCAGGGGUUUGAAGGAGCCAUGGACGAGCCGUUCCACCUCCUCUAUGAGGAAGUUUUGCGCACAAUUCCGGACGCAAAGUUUGUAUACACUCUCGCGGAUCCCGACACAUGGUAUGACAGCUACUGCAACUUCUACGAUCACCUCCCUCAUGGGUAUUACGGUUCCAUUGACCAUCACGCUCCUCCGGUUCUCCAUGUCAAAGAGCCCAUGAAUCGCAUGGUGGCUUUACAAAAAGCCAAGGCCGGACAAAAUGCGACAGAGAACCCCAAUGACGUAGACAAGAUGAAGCCAGGGUUUCAGACAGAGUUUUGGGAAUGCAACUCUGUCCAUGCAUGGGGCUGCCGAUUUGAGAACAUGGACGAUCGCAAGGAUCCAGAGGUCCGGGCGCGAUGUUUGAAAGGAUUUCAACAACACAAAGAGAAGGUCUUCCGUACCAUUCCCAAAGAGCGCCUCCUCGUCUUCAACCUCUCAGAUGGCUGGACACCUUUGUGCGACUUCUUGGACAAGCCCGUUCCAGAUGAAGCAUUUCCACGUGUGGACCGCUUCGAGUUGCUCCCAACGGUGGCACCUACGGGGGUUUCUCUCGUGCAGCGUCAUGCUGAGCGCUUACGCCGCAAAGACGACCUCUGA